AUGGCUCCAAAAUUAUCCGGUGCAGCUUUCAAAAAAUUAAGAGAAAAAAAAAAAGAAACUCAAGAAUCACUUUCAAAAACAAUGAAUACCUGGCUAUCUAAACCUAAAGUAGAUCUACCAUUAAACCACUUAGACCCAGAUAAUCAUAUUUCUUUACCUAUUUCUUCUAAAUUAGUAGAACUAGAAGAAAAUCAAGUAGAAAAACUUCAAACACUUGUGGACUAUCCUCAUAAUAUCAAAGACCCAAAACAAAAAAAAAAUUUAGAUUUGGAAGUUGAAGUUCAAAACAAAACUUCUGAAGUUAUAUUUUUAAAUCCCGCCACUAAACAAAUCGAUGAUAAUAAUGACAUUCAAUCUUUAUCUGAUGCAAUAUCACAACCUGAACCUACUCCUCUUAUUUCACUCCUAGAAUCACCAUGUGAAAUUAAAUUGUCAGAAAAUUUUGAUUUCGAAGAUCCAGUUACUUGGCCAUUAAUCAAUGAUAAAUUUCGUACAUUCAUAGUAGAACACGGUCCAAAGUUAGAAACUUACAAAAACUACAAUUUUCCACUUGAUGAAACUGGUAGACAUUUUCAUGAAAAAUGGCUUUUCAGGACUUUACCAAAUGGUGAAGAAGUAAGACGUACUUGGUUACUUUAUAGUAAACAAAAAAAUGUAUUGUUUUGUUUUCCAUGUGUUAUUUUUUCUAUUGAAAAUACUCAAUAUUUUUCAAGCAUUUCUUUGGGAUUCAACAAUUGGAAAAAAUUAAAUCCGAAAAUUUCGGAUCACGAGAAAAGUCCUUCACACAAAGAGAGUGUAUUUAAAUGGAAGGAAUUUGAAAAAAGACUUCAUGGUGGCAAGACCAUUGAUUGCACUUUACAGAAUGCAAUAAAAUCUGAAAAAGAAAAAUGGAAAGCUAUUUUAAAAAUUUUGUUUGACGUUAUUUUAUUUUGUGCGAAAAAUAAUCUCGCUCUUAGAGGUACUGAUGAACGAAUUGGAAAACCUAAUUGUGGUAUAUUUUUGAGUACACUUGAAUUGUUAAGUCAUUAUAAUCCAAUUUUGGCAAAGCAUAUUGAAGAAGUAAACGCUAAGAAUAAUGUUAUCAGCUAUUUUUCUCCUCAAAUUCAAAACGAAAUAAUUUCACUUCUUGGAAAAUCAACUAGGGAAAAACUGUUAAAUCGUGUUAAAGAAUCAAAAUAUUAUUCAAUUAUGUUUGAUUGUACACCUGAUGUGUCUCACAAAGAGCAAAUGUCCCAGGUUUUAAGAUACGUGUACAUUUCUAACGGCACUGUUUCAGUUGAAGAAACUUUUAUAGACUUUAUGGAAAGUCAUGAAAAAACUGGCGAAGGAUUAUCUUUAGAAAUCAUAGAAAAAUUAAAUAAAGAUGAUUUAAAACUAAGCAAUUGUAGAGGACAGAGUUAUGACAAUGCUGCCAACAUGUCUGGAAAGUAUAAAGGUGUAAAAACACGUAUUAUGCAAAUUAAUAAUUUAGCUGUAUAUGUACCAUGUAAUGCUCAUAGCUUGAAUUUAGUUGGCAAUGAUGCCGCUAAAGUAUGUGUACGUAUGAUAACGUUCUUUGACACAGUCCAACAAAUUUUUAACUUUUUUUCAUCCUCAACAAGCAGAUGGACAACUUUAAUGAAAUGUAUUAAUAUUUCAUUAAAAUGUACUAGUGCCACGCGGUGGUCUGCAAAACAAGAUUCUGUAUCAGCACUUAAACGUAAUUUAAAAAAUGUAUAUAAUGUUCUAAAAGAAAUGUCAGAAAACCCAAAGUUACCUAAAGAGGUAAUUCUUGGAGCAACAAAUCUUUUGAAACAUCUUGAUUUUAAUUUUUUUUGCCUACUGGAUUUGUGGAAUGAAAUAUUAACAACAAUUAAUCGCGUUAAUUUAGCUUUACAAAAGAAAAGUUUAACGAUUGAUAGCGCAACCAAAAUGGUUAAAGGUUUAAUCUUAUCAGUACAAACAAUGCGAAAUGAAGGAAUUGAAAAAACAAUUGAAUUCGGUAAAGUGAUUGCAAAUGAUCUCGGUAUUAAAGCAAAUUUUUCUGAUAAGCGAAAGAGGAAAGUGAAAAAAUUAGAUUUCGAGAUAAUUGAAGAUAAUGUGCAAGUUUUAUCUCAACAGAAUGAAUUUAAAAAAGAUAUUUUUGAAGUUUAUGAUCGAAUUCUUACAGAGUUAAGCAAUCGAUUCGAAAAUAUGUCAGAAAUUAAUGAAAAUUUUGGAUUUUUGUAUGGUAGUAGCUUGACGGACCACUCUAUGGACUAUAUACAAAAAUGUGCAGCUGACUUAUCUCUGAAGUAUGAAACCGAUCUAAAUUCUUCCGAUUUUAUCUCUGAAAUAAAAGAUUUUAAGUCUCAAGCAUUUUCUCUUUUACCUGACUUAAGAGCCGCAACACCUUUAGCCCUACUACAAUUAAUUACAACAUAUUCUUUGCGUGCUGAAUAUCCAAAUGUCGAAAUAGCUUUACGCAUAUUUUUGACUUUGCCAAUAACUGUGGCGACGUGUGAAAGAUCAUUCAGUAAGUUAAAGCUCAUAAAAAACUAUUUGAGGUCGACUAUGGGACAAGAUCGAAUAUCUGAUAUGGCUAUUUUAUCUAUUGAACAUACAGUGGUAAAUACUUUAGAUAUAAACAAACUUAUUGAAGACUUUGCUGGGAAAAAAGCUAGAAAAAUUGCAAUUUAA